UAGCGUCCUAACUCUAGGCGGGAGCCGAGGUACGCACAAAUGGAGUGGCGGUUGUGUUUGGCUUAGAGCUGCAGUAUUGUACAGCGCAACUGUUCACUGUGGAGUUCUUUGAAAGGCAAUGUCAGCUCUGCCUGCAACAGGACCCUGUUUGUCAGGACUGUCUCCUCAGUCUCAGUCUAGUCUAACUGCACAAACUAAUCCUGGAUCAACUCAGCUUCCUCCUCCUCCACAAGGGGUUCUGCGUGAGAUUCCCCCUGCCAUCCUGUGUAAGAUUGGCCAAGAAACUGUACAGGAUAUUGUUUCUCGCACUAUGGAAAUAUUUCAUUUGUUGAGAAGUAUUCAGCUUCCGAAUGGUGUGACACAAAGCCAAGCAGUUUAUCAGGAUCGCUUCUGUAAACUGCAGGAGCAUUUGCGCCAGCUUACUUUACUUUUUCGCAAACUGCGUUUACUGUAUGAGAAAUGUGCAGAGAUGACCUCAGACCUUGACAAGUUGCCUACAGAGAUGGUUCCCUAUAUAAACGAAGACAAUCAAGAUGAAAUCAGUACAUUUCAAGGAAGUCGUGAGAGCCAGGAGAUUCUAGAAAAGGUGAAACUGAAGAAUGAAGGAAUGAAGGUGCUUAUGGAUCAAAUGCGGCAGUUACUUUGGGAUAUUAAUUCUAUGCUUACCCUUAGAAAGUGACCCCUUCCAUUCAUUGGGCAUUGUCUAAACAAGCUAUGAAGCUACAAAUUGUAGAACUAUGAACUGUUCUAAAAAAAAAAAAACAUUGUUGAAUGAAGCUGACAAUUGACAUGGUACACAAGUGUCAUAGCUAUACUUGGUCAGACCUUUAAAUAAUUUAUACUGUGUGCUGACUUUUUGGUUUGAACACAUGACCUAUCCAUCUUGACUACCUCAAUACAGUUUUACACUUGAUGUAAACUUUUUUUAAAGAAAGGUUAAAGAGUAAUACACUGUCAGUUUUCUUAAAAGCAUAAGUGGUUUAUUAUGUAGAAGGUUGCUUAAGUUGAAAGCCUCUGCCUACAUUUGAUGUUUCUAUCCAGCUACGGACUUUCUGUACUUUUUUUUUUUUUUUUUUUUUAAUAGAGCUUGAUAGGUAUGUGUUUUUGUAAAAAAAUUUCCCCCCACUAAGUAUACUUCUAUCUAACCACUCUCUUUUUGAUGUUAAACUCCAGACCCAUCUGAAUGUCAUUUUCUCAUCUAGUGUUUUUGUGAUUUCUCCUAAACGGUGUCUGCGCAUGCUCCCAACCUCUCUCUCCUCCUAAACAUAUGCAGUGUGGACACAAUUUUGGUGAUUUUUGUAAUUGCUGACUGAUUAUGGUGUCUCACUGACUUAUCUGUGGUAAAGACUAAUAAACUACGGUAUUUAGUAAUAUUUUGGAUACUGAAUUUGUUUUUUUGAAAGAGUGUUUUACAUAACAUAUAUUGUUUCAAAAUGUAUGAAACUAUUUUUGUACAUGUUUGCUAUUGUAAAUUAAAAAUUGAGCCUCCAGGUGUUUUAUUAUUUU